AUGCUCCUGGGAUUGCUCGUUCUGCUGGUCGCGGUGCUGCUGACGUUUAUCAUAGUGUCUCUCGCGCGGAAAAAGGCGAGGAUACGGCAGCAGAUGGCGGAGGUUGAAAAGUACACUCUCGCGCUGGAGCAGGCUGAGAGGUCGAAGAGCGAGUUUGUCGCGAACCUGUCGCAUGAGCUGAGGACGCCUAUAACGGGGAUGUUAGGGAUGAUGGAUUGGCUGCUGGAGACAAGUCUGUCGGAGUGGCAGCACCGGGACCUGCUGGACGCCAAGACGUGUGCCGUGGAGGCCAUUGGGCUGCUCAACAGUGUUUUGGAUCUGGCCAAGCUGCAGUCGAGUCUAUCGGAGUGGCAGCACCGGGACCUGCUGGACGCCAAGACGUGUGCCGUGGAGGCCAUCGGGUUGCUCAACAGUGUUCUGGACCUCGCCAAGCUGCAGGUGGGACACGCCGGGGAGCUGUACCCCACCCGUCCCCUUGUCCAAAUUCUCCCCUUUAACACCACUCCCCUUCCCUGCUACUCCCCACCCACACGUGGCAACGAGUCCGACUCAUUCCCCGAGCCUGAGCCCUGGAUGCUUCACCCGCCCAUCCCACACCCACUCACCGCCGAGGCUUGCCGGAAGAGGAGGAGGGCGGAGGGAGGGGGGGAGGCGGGGGAGGGGGGGGAGGGGGGGGGAGGGGGGGGAACCGGGGGAACUGGGCGGAGAAGCGAGGGGGGCCAGGGGAGGAGUAGGAGGGGGAGGAGGAGGGGCGUGGGGCGAGUGCAGUUGGUGAUGGCGUGUGAGGAUACAGGGUGUGGAAUCCCGUGGGAGGAGAUGCGGUGGGUGCUGGACCCGGAAGGCCACGGGGAGUUCGUGCAAGAGGAGGAGAUGAACGCUUACAUCCAGCCAGCAGACCCUGCCAGCAGCACCACCACGCAUGCGCCCAGCAAGCACACAGACAGCCCCACCGCGCUCUCCAUCCUGCGCUCGCUACCUGGGACGCUGCUGAGGAGUGUGAUGGGCGGAGGGGAUGAUAGCGCAUCGGGGAAGGCGCGCGGUGGGAAGGGGUUUCAGGACGCGUGGACACCGUACCCUGUGCGCUUCCUGCUGUCUGCGAGUCUGUGCGAUUCCUGCUGGCAGGGCUGUGCGGGUGUGAGCUACGCCAGGGCGCUCGCAGCAGGCUUUGCCGACACUCUUCUCCAGCCGUGCCUCGUGACUGACCUCGCUCAAUGCCUGCAUGCACUCUUCGCCCCCAUCGACCAAUCAGACAACCUCUCCGACACCUCCACCAAUCACGUGGCGCCAGCCGACCCCUCCUCCGUCUCCUCCCUCGCCCCCUCCACGCCCCCGCGCCCCAAAUCCCCGCAAUUCCGCUCCAAAGCCGCGCUCGCGCUCGCGAAACCCGAGGACGCCGCCGCUUUGCUAAAAGAAAUGCUUAGCGGGCGGGAGGUGAUGGUGGUGGAUGACAACGCGGUGAACCGGAUGGUGGCGAGGAAGACUCUGCAGGGGCUGGGGGCCAAGGUGGAGCUUGUGGAGAGUGGGGAGAAGGCAUUGGAGAGACUAAGUGCUCCGAAUGAGUUCGCGGUGCUGCUGAUUGACUUGCACAUGCCCCCUGGGAUUGACGGCUACGAGACGGCUCGACGCAUACGUGCUCAGUACCAAGCAGAGACUGCGGCACCUGCUGCUGCAACCACCACCACCACGAGCACCAGCAGCAGCAGCGGUGGCAGCAACGGCAGCGGCAGCACAACUGUUACCUCCUCUUCCCUGCCGAAGCUUCAGUCCCAGCCGUCGUUUGCGUUCCACCCUGGCGGCCUGCCAUUGUUGGAUCUAGAUGCUCCAGCAGCAGCAGCAGCAGCACCAACAGCACCAGCGGGAGCAGCAGCAGCAGCAGCAGCAGUGGCGGCUCCAGCAGCGGAAGAAAAGGCACCUAGCCCAGCACGCAGGCAGCUGAUAUUCUCACUGACAGCGGAUGUGGACGCGCGGGUGAGGCAGGCAUGCAAGGAGGCGGGUAUGGAUUUCACUCUUUCCAAGCCCAUCGCCCACCAAGAGCUGCUCUCCGCCUUCAAAGCUGCGGGGGUAGCACUGCUGUGA